AUGUUGAUCGGUUCCCAUCCAUACCUGUGCAAUCCUGCCGGAGGCGUUAUGCCAUCCAAUAAUGCGGCCGGCGUGGCCACAACAAACCCAACAACUACAACAACAAACAGCAAAGCCACCGUCGGCUCAGCUACAGACUUCUCCAUUGCAGCCAUUAUGGCCAGGGAAGACGCAUCCAGUCGCGGAUCAUCAGUUAGAAGUGCCAGUCCUAUUUCCAUAGAGGAUGAAGUUGACGUGGAUGUGGUUGACUGCAGUGACUCGGAAGAGCCUCCAACUAAAUCCCGCCGCCUAAACAGUUCCACUUGCAGCACCAACAGCGCCGGAAAUGUAUCACACACCCGCCUGAAUACCAGCACAGCAUCGAGCGUUGGUCGUUCUACACCACCUCAAUCGCCGGCCAGUGAUAUCGACGGCGAACGCUCUUCGCCCGAGCCCGCUCCCAAAGCGCCCAAAAUUGUGGGGUCAUGCAAUUGUGACGACCUGAAACCAGUACAAUGCCACCUUGAAACCAAGGAGCUGUGGGAUCGUUUUCAUGACCUGGGCACAGAGAUGAUUAUCACCAAAACUGGAAGACGGAUGUUUCCCACAGUCCGCGUAAGCUUCUCGGGACCUCUGCGACAAAUACAACCUGCCGACCGUUAUGCUGUCCUCCUUGAUAUUAUUCCGAUGGAUUCGAAACGCUAUCGCUAUGCUUAUCACAGAUCAGCAUGGUUGGUAGCUGGUAAAGCUGAUCCUGCCCCUCCCGCCCGUCUAUAUGCUCACCCAGACAGCCCAUUCAGUUGUGAAGCUCUGCGCAAGCAAGUCAUUUCAUUUGAGAAGGUCAAGUUGACCAACAAUGAAAUGGAUAAAAAUGGACAGAUUGUUUUAAAUUCUAUGCAUCGCUAUCAACCCCGAAUUCAUUUGGUCCGUUUGAGUCAUGGGCAAAGUAUUCCAAGUAACCCGAAGGAGUUGCUGGAAAUGGAUCAUAAAACAUACGUUUUUCCCGAGACCGUCUUUACCGCAGUGACCGCUUACCAAAAUCAACUGAUAACUAAACUGAAAAUUGAUUCGAAUCCCUUUGCCAAAGGCUUCCGUGAUUCAUCGAGGCUGACCGACUUUGACCGCGAUCCAAUGGAAGCCCUGCUGCUGGAACAACAGCUAAGGUCACCCCUACGGCUAUUCCCCGAUCCUUUGAUGCAACAAUUCGCCGCACAACAAGGAGCUGAUCCGGCAUCAAUGGCAAUAUUUGAAAAAGCCCGCCAGCACCUACAGAUGUUUGGCGGUAAUUCUCCAUACGCCCAAUUGAUGAUGCCACAGAUGUACGCCCAACAAGGACCACCACCGCCCGGUUUGGGAGCCUUCCACAUGUUCCAACAACAAUGGCCUCAACUUACCGCCGGCUUUCUAGCAUCCGCCAACCAACAAGCCGUCGCUCAAGCUCAAGCCCAUGCACAAGCUGCAGCCCAGGCCCAAGCUCAAGCUGCUGCAGCAGCUGCCGCGAAUCGUACACCACCACCGCCUCCCACUGCAUCAACGCCUUCAUCUACCUCCUCUGGCUCACCAUCACCCGACAUGAGACCCCGACAAUUUCAAAGGUUUAGCCCAUAUCAGGUACCACAGCACCCAGCACAGCCACGAAGCCCCUCAAACCACUAAG